AUGCAGACACCCCUCAACGGGGGUUCGCGGCGCGUUUCUUCUCGCCAGCGCGGCGAGGAUCGCGCACUCGCCUCUUCGCUGGAAGCGUCGCGCUGUUCACUCCCGCCCGCUGCCUCAGCGGCUGUCCCCGCCUCGGGCUUUGGCGAGAGGAAGCAUGGGAAACACGCGGAGAGAAACCUGCUUCGAGGCCAUGCGCGAGGGGGGACCAGCAGCCACAAGGCGCCUUCUCUGGCGUCUUUCGCCGCAAUCGCAGCCGACGGCAGAUGCGCAGGAUCAGCCGCCGUGCGCCUGUGCACCCUCGCCCCCAUGACCGAGCUGAGACUCGUGUUGGAAGACGUCAAAGAGUCAGACCCCGGCAGAAACGACGGGAACGCGGCCAGGGGCGCCGGACAAACAACUGUUCUCAAGGUGCUGCGACCGGACGCAGGCCACGGAUCUGGGCGCGCCAGGCAUCGGAGCCGCGAGGAGGAAGACUCGGUGCGCGGGGCGCUCUCUGGGACUGCGGAAAUCUUUGGCGCAGAGCUUCUCCCCGACGUGGACUAUCCCCUCUUGCCCGGAAGUUGUCUCGCGGUUUUCUCCUGGGGUGGCUGUACACUCCAGCUGCGAGGUCGCGUUCAGCAGGAGUACACUGCUCCGAAUGGAGCCAUGAAAGACUACCUCGCCCUGUCUUCUAUCCUCGACGCUCGCAGACAAAUCGCCGCGCUCCGGCGCGAAGUCGGCCCCCGCGUGCUCGUCGUCGGCAGCGGCUGCAGUGGGAAGAGCUCGGUCUGUUCGGUGCUGGCCAACUACGGGAUACGCGGGGGGUGGACUCCGGUGUAUGUGGAGCUCGACUCGAGGGGCAGCGCGGAUAAGCCGCAGAUGCAUCUGCCUCCAGGGUGUUUGGGCGCGACUGUGCUGGAUUCGCUGGACUUUAUGAAAGAGCCGGAGUUUCCGCUCGUCUAUUUUUACGGCCGCACCGACCCGCCGUCUUCGCCUGCAGACGUUUCGGCCUCGGCGGGACCGGGUUUCGCGCCGUUCGACGCAGCCAGCCGGGACUCCGACGCCGCAGCCGCGCCUGCGCAGGCCGCGCAUGCAACCGACCUGUUCGAGUGGCUCUGCGAGUGCCUCAGCGCGAACGUGUACGCUGCGUUCGUGGAGAAUCUGCGGAGGCAGUGCGUGGUCAAGGCGGAAGAGGAGAAGGAGGGCGACGUCCAGCGACUUCUCGCCGCUUCCGGGAUGCUGAUCAACGCGCCGCCGCAAACGAAUCUCGCGCUCGUCUCGCGCCUCGUGGACAUCUUCAACGUCGACCUCAUCCUCGUCGUCGACAACCCGAGUCUUCUCCACGCGCUCCAGGACUCCUGCAAGUACGAGGAGCCCGCGAACGAGAACAUCGCACUGAGCAGGCUUCUCAGCCGCAACGCUCGGCAACCGGCAGACGCCCAGGCGGAUGCGAACAGCGCAGAUCCAGGGGGUGCCGCCAAAACGCCGGACGACGAAGCGGGCGCUGGACGGGAAUCCGAGCGACCCGAAACAGACGAGGAAGAUCUCGCUUUCUUCCGCAACCCUGGAAUCGAAGUGAUUGGUCUCAAGAAGAUGGAGGGCGCAGUCGCGGUCGACAACGCGCGGCUCCGUCAGCUGCGUCGCUCUCGGGUCCUCAGUUACUUUCUGGGCCUCGAGGGCGGGAACCGUCUCCGGCCCCAGACCCUGCGUUUGCGGCUGUCGGACUACAAUCUCGUGCGGCUCGAAGUCGUCAAGCUCGCGCCUCUGUCUGCUCUCCCCGCAGAUUACGUGAGAUCUCAGAGGCAGUCGCCCAUCGCCGUCUCUCCGUGGACGGGAAAUCCCCUGUCACUCGCGAACGCCCUGCUCGGCGUCCCUGCCACGCGCGACCCGGCCCUCGUUAAGUUUGCGAACGUCGCCUGUCUGCUGCAUGUCUUCAAAGUUGAGGAAAUGCCCUCGGCCCUCGGCGAGAACGGCGAAGGCGGGGCGCCGACCUACGUGGCAGAGAUCCAUGCUCCGGCCCUCCCAGGCGGACAGCUGCCGUCCAACUUCCUCAUCGUGCCCGACGAUUUGAAGGGAUUGAAAUUCUUUCUCGACUUGAACUAA